CUGUUUCCACUUCCUUUUCUUAACAUCGACGCAAUUAGUUUUCAGAUAUCUUUCGUCUGUAUGGUGGUAGCCGGUAACCUAUAAUCACCUGUGAUAUCAGUGAUAUAUAAUUACGAAAUAUUUAAAUUCUACACUUUAAUUCACGAUCCUCGAUUGCGUCGUUGAUCGCCCAGUAUUAUUACGCAAUUGUCACAAGAAGUCUAAAGAACGCGCUAUGGUUGAAGAAUCAGAGCAGUUGCCGCCAAUAGAUGUGAAGGAGCCGCUGGACCUUAUAAAGCUAAGCCUGGAGGAGCGGAUUUAUGUAAAGAUGAGAAACGAGAGAGAACUCAGAGGAAAACUACAUGCCUUUGAUCAACACCUGAAUAUGGUGUUGGGCGAUGUGGAAGAGAUUAUAAACAUAGUGGAAAUCGAUGAGGAAACGUAUGAGGAAAUCUACCGCCAGAAAAAGAGAACCAUCCAGAUGCUAUUUGUGCGCGGUGACGGUGUCAUCCUGGUAUCUCCACCCACGUAAAAUCACCAUGACAUUUGAUGCAACAUCUCUUAUAUGAAGCUAUCAAUAUUUUUUUUGCGUAAUUUAUGGGAUUUUGUUUUGUUAGAAUGUCCAAAAGAUAUAUAAGAUUUGAGAUGGGCACCUAAA